GUGGCGGUCAUUUUGGCUUUUCUGGAGUCUGUUCGCGCUGAGGUUUCGGAGCCCCCGCUUGGCGGCAGAAGCGUUCUCCCCCCUACAAAGAGACGGCUCCAAGGCUUGGAGGCGGCGCAGCCCGGGGUGACCCACAGCAGGCUGGGAUCAAGACCUCCCUGCCCCACAGCCCUGCUCCGCCCCCAGAGUCCGAUGGCGGCGGCCGCGCCCAGGGAGCCGCCGCAGCAUGGAGAAGAGUACAAGUGUGAAGUUGGCAGGAAGAGAAGAGAGGAGGCUACUGCAAUAGUCUGGGGCAUGAAUUUUGAGGACGUGGCCAUUGACUUCUCCCAGGAGGAAUGGGGGCUCCUUGAUGAAACUCAGAGACUCCUGUACUGCGAUGUGAUGCUGGAGAACUUUGCACUUGUAGCAUCGCUGGACCUUCACCAGCAACAGAGGCAUGGCAAUCGGGAGAGGCCCUGGAAAAGAGAUGUGGACAGGGCCUCGUGUGUGACAAGCUGCAACUUCUGUGUGUCAGGGCAGCCUUUCACAUGUAGGAAGGUUGGAGAGGACUUCCCAGCGACCUCGGGACAUCUUCAGCUCCAGACCAGUCCCAACAGUGAGGAGCCACACCAUGGCAACCAGAGUGGAGAGGCCCUUCACAGCGGAAAAAGUCAGUACAACGGGGGUGAAUGUGAAAAAGCUGCCAGCCACAACCAUGCACUUGAUCAACAUCAGAAUGUUUGCUCUGGAGAAGGGCUUUAUGAGUGUAGCAAAUGUGGGAAAGCCUUCAGCUUGAACUACAGCCUUGUGCAGCACCAACAGAUUCACAGUGGACAAAGGCCAUAUGAGCGUGGUGAAUGUGGGAAAUUCUUGAGCCAAAUCUCUGGCUUUAUUAAAGACUGGAGAAUUCACAGUGAUAAAGAGCCUUAUGGAUGCAGAAAUUGUGGACAAUUUCUUACCCAUAACUUCAGUUUCAUAGAACACUGGAGAAUUCACACUAGAGAAAGAACUUACGAAUGCAGUGAAUGUGGAAAAGUCUUUAUCCACAGAUCUAAACUCAUUCACCAUCAGAGACUACACACUAGAGGAAUGCAUUAUGGGUGUGGUGAAUGUGGGAAAUCGUUCAGCUACAAAUCCAACCUCAUUGAACACCGUAGAGUUCACACUAGAGAAAAGCCUUAUGAGUGUAGUGAAUGUGGGAAAUUCUUUAGACAAAGCUCUAGCCUUUUCCGACACCAGAGAGUUCACACUGGAGAAAGGCCAUAUAAUUGCAGCGAAUGUGGGAAAUCCUUUAGACAGAUUUUUAACCUCAUUCGUCAUGGGAGAAUUCACACUGGAGAAGUGCCUUACAAGUGUAGUGAAUGUGGGAAAUCUUUUAGCUGCAAAUCUGAACUCACUCAACACCAGAGAAUUCACAGUGGAGAAAGGCCUUAUGAGUGCAGUGAAUGUGGGAAGUUCUUUAGACAGUUCUCUAACCUCAUUCGACACCGGAGUGUUCAUACUGGAGAAAGGCCUUAUGAGUGCAGUGUUUGUGGGAAGUCCUUUAGCCGUAAAUUUAUCCUUAUUCAACAUGAGAGAGUUCACACUGGAGAAAGACCUUAUGAAUGCAGUGAAUGUGGAAAAUCCUUUACCCGAAAAUCUGACCUCAUUCAACACCAGAGGAUUCAUACUGGCACAAGACCUUAUGAGUGCAGCGAAUGUGAGAAAUCUUUUAGGCAACGCUCUGGUCUUAUUCAACACCGAAGAGUUCAUUCUGGAGAAAAGCCGUAUGAGUGUGGGGAGUGUGGGAAAUCCUUUAGCCAAAGUGCUAGCCUUAUUCAACACCAGAGAGUUCACACUGGAGAAAGGCCUUAUGAAUGCAGUGAAUGUGGGAAAACCUUUAGCCAAAGUUCUAGCCUCAUUCAACACCAGAGAGGUCACACUGGUGAAAGGCCUUAUGAGUGCAAUGAAUGUGGGAAGCCCUUUACCCACAAAUCUGACCUCAUUCAACACCAGAGAGUUCACACUGGGGAAAGACCUUAUGAAUGCAGCGAAUGUGGGAAAUCUUUUAGCCGCAAAUCUAACCUCCUUAGACACAGGAGAGUACACACUGGAGAAAACCCUUAAAGGUGAGGAAUGUUAAAAUUCUGUGUAUUAUUGAUGAGUAGUUUUCUAUUCUGUCGAUAAUGACUUUAUCCGUGCAUCUGUUCUGGACCCACAGAUUAUUUCCAGGUUUGGGGUAUUUACAAAUAAAGCUGCUAUGAAUAUUUACAUUCACUUCUUUAUGUGGAUAUAUGUUUUAUUUCUCUUGUUGUAAUAACCGAAACUGUUAGAGUGGAAGUGAAUCUUUCACAUUUUAAGAAAUGGGAAACUGUGAUCUAUAAUGGUUAUUCUCUCUUGGCUUCCCACCAGCAGCACAUGAAAAGUCAAGUUCCGUGACAUCCUUGAAAUAAGUGUAGUGGUAAUAAACUGUGGUUUUAAUUCCAUUUCCCUAAGUGUUCAUAAUGUUGAGCAUUUGUCAUUUAUUUGCUGUGUUUAUCUUCUUUGAUAAAAUGUAUGCUCAUAAUCUUUGCCUAUUUUCUUUUUAUGUACUUAAGUAUUAUAUGGAACAAUUGAGUACUAGAAGAUUUUUCUCCCUCAAAUUUUUGUCCUCACAAUUGAAAGCCCACAUGCACCAGACUUAUGCAUUUAAUCUGCAUUAACAUUUUCUUUGCUGUCUUAACUCAAUAACAUUAAAUCAAGCCUAGGUUUUAGUUUUUGGCAAUCCCUGUUGUUCUCAUGGUAAAUGUCAAAUUGCUAAGGUGAUGUCACUGAACAUGGAGGUAGUGAGAUAUUCCAGUAGCACCUCAUUAAAUUCUAUUCCCAAAGUACUGAUACAGUAGCCACAGAUAACCUUAAGAACAAAAGUAAUAAAACCAUAAAAUGACCAGCAAGUGGCAAGUUUUAAAUAUUUGUGGGUGUUUUUGUUUUGUUU